CGGGUGGGCUGGGUGGGUGGCCGUGUAGGGAGUGGGGAAGUUUGGGCGACCGAGGCCAGAGCGGAGAUCCUGAGCCAGGCUCCACUCCUGAGGUCGAAGGGGCGGGCGAACCGGCUCACGGAAGCCUCCAGGCCCGCAGCCUUCGUCCCGCGUCCUCUUUUCUGGAAGUGUUUAAACUUCUAAAAUGUCAUCUAUCAAGCACCUCGUUUAUGCGGUCAUUCGUUUCUUACGGGAACAAAGUCAGAUGGAUGCUUAUACUUCUGAUGAACAAGAAAGUUUGGAAGUUGCAAUUCAGUGCUUGGAGACGGUGUUUAAGAUCAGCCCAGAAGAUACACAUCUAGCAGUUUCACAGCCUUUGACAGAAAUGUUCACAAAUUCCUGCUGUAAGAAUGACAUUCUGCCCCUCUCACACUUAGUGCCUGAAGAUGUGGGAAAAGCUGACCAAUUAAAAGAUGAAGGCAAUAAUCACAUGAAAGAAGAAAAUUAUGCUGCUGCAGUGGAUUGUUACACACAGGCAAUAGAACUGGAUCCCAAUAACGCAGUUUAUUAUUGCAACAGGGCUGCUGCACAAAGCAAAUUAAGUCACUACACAGAUGCAAUAAAGGACUGUGAAAAAGCAAUAGCAAUUGAUUCAAAGUACAGCAAGGCCUAUGGGAGGAUGGGGCUGGCCCUUACUGCUAUGAAUAAAUUUGAAGAAGCAGUUAGGAGUUAUCAAAAGGCAUUGGAUCUUGACCCCGAAAACGAUUCCUAUAAGUCAAAUCUGAAAAUAGCAGAACAGAAGUUAAGAGAGACAGGAACUGGAUUGAGCUUUGACAUGGCCAGCUUGAUAAAUAAUCCAGCUUUCAUUAGUAUGGCAGCAAGUUUAAUGCAGAACCCUCAAGUUCAACAGCUCAUGUCAGGAAUGAUGACAAAUGCCAUUGGAGGACCCGCUGCUGGUGUUGGGGGCCUAACUGACCUAUCCAGUCUCAUCCAAGCAGGACAGCAGUUUGCUCAGCAGAUACAACAACAAAAUCCUGAACUUAUAGAGCAACUGAGAAAUCACAUCCGGAGCAGAUCAUUCAGCAGCAGCACUGAAGAACAUUCCUGACUUGAUCAGGGAUGUUAGCCCAGAAUGAAAAUGGUUUAUGGCUAUGACGUAUUCUGUGUAGAUAGUAGCCAAAAACAAAACAAAACGCAUCAAAAUAAUGGCAGAAAACCUCGUGUGUAUUCUUAAAGAACAAAUUUGUUUUAGAAAAUAGGUUUAUCACAGAGAGACUGGAAUAUGACUCCUUUUGGAAAUGAAUGCUCACUAGCCUUGUUAAGUGCCAGUACCACACUUGGACAAGGCUCCAUCCAUUUCCAAUCUUUUAUCAUAUUUGUACAUUAUACUUAAUAGCAGAGUAUAUUUAUUAAAUUGUAGUACUGUUUAUUGGUGAGUUUUUUAGUUCCAAGUUCUCCUAAGUAAAGCUGUUUUGAGAGGGGAGAUAAAGGGAAAGGUUUGCCAUACUGGUUCAGAGGAAAUACGAGCAACAUGUCAGGAGACAAGAAACAUUAUUUUAGUUUAGCUUUGAUAAGGGAUAUAUAUAUUCAACAGUGAAUAUAUAUCAGAGGUGCCAGUACUAUCUUUAAUGCUCCUUAUUCUGAUGAGUGACAGGGAAUCUUAAGGGCUGGUGGAAUUUAGUGCAGUGGAUAUUUUGAAGAGGAAAAAUAGAGAAUGUGAAUGUAUAGGAAGUAAAAAUAGAAUGCUCAGGUUUCUGCAUAGUUCUAAGUAAACUUGUCUGUUUAGUUUUGAUAACAUUAGCAUGGCUAGUUAUGCUAAGUACGUAAUAAAAUACAUUUAGAAGUCCUUAAUGGUACUGGUUAGGUCAAUGAUAUAACUAUUUAAUUAAUUACCACAAUUUCCCUGGUUGAAAACUUACCUCAGAAACUACCAAAUAUAUCUAAUAAGCACAUAAAGUCAAUGGCUUGACUCUAAGUUAAGGAUAUUCUAAGUGGAAUUUAAUUAUGUAUCUAUUAACGAUUUAAAAAACAUAAUUAUUUGGUGGAAACAAAAACAUCACUAACAUUAUUCAUUUGUAUACUCUUCUGGUAUAAUUUAGUGCAGUGUACCAACCUUGUGCUUAACCUUAAUUUGGUGCAAUUUAAACAUGGGGUUUACAAUACUUUAUUAUGAAUUAGAUGUCAUUGGUUAGUAGAGGGAAAUGGCAUGACUCAAAGAACAAUGAUGGAUGAGAUCUAAUUUUGGGGGGGGGUCAUUUUGAGACAGGGUCUUGCUAUGCAGUUCAGGCUGGCCUUGAACUCACUUUGUAGCCCAGGCUGGUCUUGAACUUGCAAGGAUCCUUCUGCCUCAACCUCCCCACCUGCUGGAAUUACAGAUCUGUGCCACCAUGCCCAGCUCGAGAUCUAAUUUCAACUGAAACUUCUUGGUUGUUAAUCAUGAAACUGGUGAAGUGAGACUGAUAUGUAAUGAUUUUACAAGUGUUGUGAGGGAAAACUGAAAAAGUAAUUUAAAAUUAAAUCAGUAAGGGCUGGGGGUUUAGCUCAGUGGCGUAAGUGCCUGCUUGGCUAGGUUGAGGUCGUGAGUUCAGUCCCUGUUAAAAAAACCAACAAACAAAAAAAAUCAGUAAAGAUGUAAGGGUCAUACUCUAUUUUCAAAAGCCUAUUUGGUAUCUUGAAAAUUUAAAACCUAACCUUUUCUUUCUUUCCCUUAGUGAGAUUAGAACAAUGGUUAGAAUUCAUUACAAAAUGCAGUUUCAAGGCCACACCUUCAAUUUCGAUUGAGUAGGUGUUGCAUUAAAAUUUAGGAAUCACUUUUUCCAAAGGAAGAAGUAUACUGAAGAGUGAAGCCAGGGGUGCCUUAUCCCUGAGCUACAUCUCAGGCUUUUAAUUUUGAUAUAAGAUCUUGUUAAAUUGCCCAGUCUGGCCUUGAACUUGUGAUCCUCCUGCAUUAGCUUCCUGAAUAUCUGGAAUUACAGGUGUGCACCACGAUGCUUAUAUAAAUCAUUUUAAGGAUUCUACAGUGUGGUUCUGAUGUAGAUUCAAGGGCUUAAAUAAAUUUAUUUGUUUGUUUAUUUGAACAGGUCUUGCUUAGUUCAGGCUGGCCUAAAACUUGUGGCAAUCCUGCUUCAGUCUUCCAAAUGCUGGGAUUACAGGAAUGUGCCACCAUGCCCGGCAAGAGCUUGCAUUUAGAGCAACACUAGAGGUUUCUCUCUAGCUAGACCAGCAAAUGUCUAAGUACCUAGGCUCAGGCUAAAAUGAAGAUGUAUAUUAGCAUAUGGAUCUGCCCAGAGAAGACAGGACUUAAAUCUGAGGCCUUCUGAAAUUUAAACUGUCUUAAUUUGCAUGAAUUUACAUUUAGCUUAGUGUUUUAACUGUUACUAGUACAACAAAGUACUAGUCACAUUAAAGUUACUACUGUGAUAAAAGCAAAGUUGGCCUUUAACUGAUAAUUAGUAAUUAUUCUUACCUAAUUUAAGAAAUUAGCAUUUUUAGUACAGUUAUUUUGAAUUCGUUAAAAAUGCUUCAGAGCUCAGCACAGUGGUGCAUGCCUACUACUCGGGGAGCCUGAGGCAGAAAGAUCAUUAAAAGUUUGAGCCAAGCCUGGGUAAUCUAAGACAAGACUUAGAUCUUGUCUCAAAAUAAAAAUGGGCUAUAGAUGUAAUGCAGUGACCCUUGGGUUCAGGGCCCACUAAUCCCCCCCCCCCCAGCUUAUCAGUAAAAUGAUAAGCUUCUAGUUGACUGAUGAGAAAAAUAAAAAAUACAGAUUAACAGUAUCAGAGAUGAAAGAAUGACUGGGGAUAAAGUGAUAGUGCAUUUGCCUAGCAUGUAUGAGAUGUGGGGUUUGAUUCCCAAUACCAUUUUUUAAAAAGGAACAAAUAGAUAUACUACACAUCUCUAGACAUUAAAAGCAUAAUUACAGUGGUCACUUUGAGAGCACACAUACUAAAAAGGAAAACCAUAAUUAGAAGCACUACUACUAACUAGAUCUAUAUGUUCAACAACUUAGAAGAAACAGACCAAUGCUUUCUAGGAUACAAAUAACCAAAGUUCACUGAAGAUAGAGAGACCUGAACAGGUCUAUUACACUGAAAAAUUGAAUUUGUAACUUACAGUUAACAACCUUCCAAAAAAAUACAGUUACAAGCCCAGAUGACUUCAGUGAUGAAUUCUACCAAAUACUUAAGGAAGAAAUAUCAGUUCUAUAUAAUCUGUUCCAGAAAACAGAAGAGGGAAACAUUUCCCAACUCAGUUUAUUUGGCCAGAUAACAAAACUCAGACAUUUAAAGAAAAAAAACAAAAAACAAAAAACAAAAAAAACCACUUUAAACCAUUGUCUUUGUGUGUUACUAUCCAUACAGUUAGCCAUUCUUUUUACCUGAAUAAUGGGAACUGGUGUAUUUCUUCCCUUUCGCUUUUCUAAUUGUUUCUUUGGGAAUACACCAACUCUGAUGAAUUCAACUCAGAUAAUACCUCCACCUACAUAGACUUCUAUUACAUUUAAGCCAUUUUUAUCCUUCAGGUCCCUUCGUCACACUGGAGUCAUUGCAUUGCAAGCUAUUCCAUGAACGUUUUGAUUGGUCUGUACUAGCCCCUCUUCAGAUUACAGAAUGCCCUCAAUAUCAUUCUUUCUCGUGUAGAAAAUAUAGUUGCUAUCAACAAGAAAUAAGAAGGCAUUAAAGUAAGCUUUUAUAUAUCUUUUAAUUAGAAUGUAUGACUUCAUUAACUGCAUUUCAUUGUAGUAGCUGUAGCUCUUCUGUAAAACUGAAUGUGUCCUUUUUAUGCAAAUGACAUUUGUAUUUAAUGUACCAAACUGUUAAUCUAAUUUUUAUAAUAUAUACAAAUCCUGUCAAAGAUGGCAUUAUCUAACCUUUAAAGUAUGAACCAUAUGUGUCUAGUUUAUUGUUUGUAAAGAGAAGAGACUUUGUAACUAAAUCAAAGUAUUCAGCAGACUCUUUAAGUGACCAUUAUUUAUUACUUUUACAAUUUGAAAGAGUGAAAUAGGUUCAAUCAUGAGAAGAUGCUUGAAAAACAAAGUGCCCAGUGCUGUGACUGUAACUUUUAUUUCAUCAUUUAAUCAAUCAGUCAUUUUGAAUGAAUGACAUACUUCAAUUUUACACUGCUUGCACUUUAUUUUGAACAGACAUUUCAUUAAUUAUUACUCUGGUUUGAGGGGCAACCCUUCUGACUAUAGCUUUCUGUCUGGACCAAACAGUUUGUCAUGGCAAUAAAUAAUUAUGUAUUUAAGAAAAAA